AUGACGAAGUCACCUCCUACUAUUCACCCCAUGACGAAGUCACCUCCUACUAUUUACCCGAUGACGACGUCACCUCCUACUAUUCACCCGAUGACGACUUCACCUCCGAUGAUUCCACAGAUGGCGAUGUCACCUCCUACUAUUCACCCGAUGACGACGUCACCUCCGAUGAUUCAACAGAUGGCGAUGUCACCUUCUACUAUUCACCCCAUGACGACGUCACUUCCUACUAUAUACCCGAUGACGACGUCACCUCCGAUGAUUGCACAGAUGGCGAUGUCACCUCCUACUAUUCACCCGAUGACGACGUCACCUCCGAUGAUUCCACAGAUGGCGAUGUCACCUCCUACUAUUCACCCGAUGACGACGUCACCUCCGAUGAUUCCACAGAUGGCGACGUCGCAUUCUAUGAUCCACCAUGGAGACAGCAAGUUCAUUUCUUUCGUCCCUGUCUAUGUAGAUGGAUUACCAAUAGCAGUGGUUCAAAGACACCAAAUUUACUCAUUUGAUGAAAAGAAUCUCGGACACACCAAAAACAGAGAAAAAUCAAAGGCUGACAAAGACAACAGAAGGAGGAACAGUGGGACACCAAAACAGAGGAAAAAUUACAGAAAGAGUAAUAGAGGGUUACCAAAUCAAAGGAAAUACAAAAGAAGGAGGAAAAAGGUGACACCAAAGCAAAGGAAAGACAACAGCAGGAACAAGGGGACACCAAACUCAAGGAAAGAUAACGGCACGAACAAGGUGAUACCGAACCCAAAGAACGACAACAGCAGGAACAGGGGGACACUAAAUCCAAGGAAAGACAACGGCAGGAACAGGGGGAACACAAAACCCAAGGAAAGACAACUGCAGGAACAGGGGGAACACAAAACCCAAGGAAAGACAACUGCAGGAACAGGGGGAACACAAAACCCAAGGAAAGAUAACGGCAGGAACAGGGGGACACCAAACUCAAGGAAAGAUAACGGCAGGAACAAGGUGAUACCGAACCCAAAGAACGACAAUAGCAGGAACAGGGGAACACUAAAUCCAAGGAAAGACAACAGCAGGAACAAGGGGGACACUAAAUCCAAGGAAAGACAACAGCAGGAACAGGGGGGACACUAA